GGAAACUAAGGCACAGAAAGGGGAAGUGACGUUGCUGGGUACCCACAGCAAGUUUGCUGUUGGUCUGGCCUUUAACUUAACUUUCCUCACUCCUCAGGAUGGGGUACUUGAGAGUCUCUUCCUGCCCAUCAUCUUAUUGAAUAAAUCCGUCAGUAAGAAUUUAUCAAGUGCUUGAUGUAAUAAUAAUAGCUAGAAUGUAUGUAGCACUGAGAUGGAUUUUACAAAUACCUUCUAUUAUCCUCACAACAACCCUGCCUAGUAGGUGCCUCCAUUUUACAGGUGAAUAAACUGAGGUAGUCUGUGGUAUCCAGUCCAGUGCACAAUCUAGCUGCAUGGUGCUGGAUACAAAGACAAAAAUGAUAAUACUAACAGGUAACAUUCAUAUAUCUAUUAUAUGCCAGAGGCUUUACAGAUAUGGAAUUUGAUUCUCAAAGCAACUCUGGGAGGUAGGUGCUAUUCCCAUUUUACUGCGAGGAAACUGAGGCAAAUGGGUUAGGUGUCUUGGCCAAGGUCAUACAACUAGUAAGCUGCUAAAUCCUGAUUUGAACUCAAGAUCCAGCAUUUUUUUGUCAACUGUGCCACCUAGCUGCUUUAAUGAAAGUUCCUGCCCUCAAGGAGCUCACAAUCUACUGGGAGAUAUAGGAUGUACAAUAUUUAAGGGAGGAGUUCAGGAAAGGUUUUUUGAAGGAAGUGACAGGAGCUGAAUUUUGAAGGAAGCUAAGGUUCCAAGAAGCAGAAGGUGGAGGGAGAGGAGUCCAAGUAUGAGAGACAGUCUUUGUAGAGGCUUGAAGAUGGUACAUGAAUUGGCACAUUUGGGGAACAGCAGGUAGCCCAGUUUAGCUAAAAUGUACAGCUUAUAAGGGGAAGUAAUAUAUAAUUAGCCUUAAAUGAUAAGCUGGAAUCAGAUUGUGAGCAUCUUUAAAUACCAACAAAAGAAUUUGUGUUUAUCCCAGAAGCAAUAGGGAGCCACUGAAGCUUCUUAAACGAGGGAAGUUAUGUGAUGUGGUCAGAUUUGUGCUUUAUGAAUAUCAGUUUGAUGACUGGAAGAUGGAUUCAAGUGGAGAAAGGCUGGAUGCAGGGAAGCCAUUUAGGUUAUCCAUAGUCCAGGUGUAGCCACUGAAGAGUAAUGCUGAUGGAUGCCCUAGGAGUUGGCUGUGUUACACUGGGAGGGGCCAGCCCAAUGGGGGAAACUACUGUGACUGAGUCUCCUAGAAAAGAAGUGCCAGACCAAGUUGUCUCUGAGGCCCCAACAUUUGGACCUAAGAAAACAUGUGAUGAUAAUUCCAUAAUGAUGCCUUCAAUCUCGAUUGGACUUGAGGAUCCCUCUGAUAAACAAAGCCUCUUGGAUUCUCAUCCAGAGCAGGAAAACAUCUCCAAACCAGAAUGGCAAGAUGUUCCUUCAGAGACUCCAGAGAUCUCAAAGGCAAAGGCCCCAAAGACUGGACGGAAAAAGGGUGUUCGCAUUCGAAGAGGCCCAAAGAAGGGUGGAGUUGGGGCUAAGGGUGGCUGCCCAUCUACCUUACAGCAACCUAAUCCUCCAUCAGGGACCCUGGGACCUGGUCCCCUAGAUCAACCUGGCCCUCCACCUACUACUAUCCCUAAGAAGCGGGGUCGAAAGUCAAAAGCUGAGCUACUGUUGAUGAAAUUGUCAAAGGGGCUAGAGCAGCCUGAACCCCCACCUCCACAAAGCCCCCCUGAAGACCCUGAGGCCCAACCAGGGGCACGACCUCGCCGUCGAGCUGCUAGAGUGGCACUUCUGUACCUUCAGGAACUGGCUGAAGAGCUCUCAUCAGCAUUGCCUGCCCCAGUCUCUUGUCCUGAGAACCCUGAAAUGGGUGGCCAACCUAAACGAAGCCAAGGCCGUCGGCGGACAGCCUGGCAUGGAGAAGAGGAAGGAGAUGAUUCAGCACGGGAUGCUGACUUUGUACUUCAGGCUGAGAUUGAAGAAGGGGAAGAAAGUGAAGUACCUAGUGAGAGCUCCUCUGACUUGGAUCUUACAGCACUUCGAGGGACUGGCCUUCGUGGGUCUGCCUCAGGGAAACAGAAACAACAAUGUCGGGGAAUGGCUCCCAACGGACUUCCAAAUUCUAUCAUGGCUCCUGUCUGGAAAAGUCUCAACCUCACCAAAAGCCUCCGAGAGCAGAGCCAUUCACAUUGGGAAUUCCCUGAAUGGAUCCCUUCAGCCUUGAAGUGGCAUUUACUGUCUGAAAGUGAAGCAGCAUCCUACUUGCCCCAAGAGCUGAGAUCUCCUCUUUUCUCUGUGCAACGGGAAGGCCUUCCUGAGGACAGCACUCUCUAUAGGAUAAAUAGGUUUAGCUCACUGGCACCACAUCCAGAGCGAUGGGAUGUGUCCUUCUUCACAGGGGGACCACUGUGGGCACUAGAAUGGUGCCCAGUACCUGAAGGUGCAGUCGUUUCCCAAUAUGUGGCACUAUUCUGCAGCCCGAGCAUGAAUGAAACCCAUUCCCUAAGCCGGCCUUAUGAAGGCCCUGGGCUUCUACAGCUCUGGAACCUUGGGACACUGCAGCAAGAAAGCUGCCCAAGCAGUAAGGCUCACCUUGCCUAUGGCAUCGCUUGUGAUCAUGGGUGCAUCUGGGACCUCAAAUUCUGCCCUAGUGGAGGCUGGGAGCUUCCCAGCACUUCUCGAAAGGCUCCUUUCCUGCCCCGGCUGGGUCUCCUGGCUCUGGCCUGUUCAGAUGGGAAAGUGCUACUGCUUAGUCUGCCCCACCCUGAGGAACUUCUGGCCCUACAGCCUCAAGAUGCUCUCAAACCUGCCAUCUAUAAGGUUCAGUGCAUAGCCUCUCUUCAGGUGGGCUCAGUACAAGCAGGAGAACCCUCUGAGUGUGGCCAAUGUUUCAGCCUUGCCUGGAUGCCAACUAGGCCCCAUCAGCAUCUGGCAGCUGGGUUCUAUGAUGGCACGAUAGCAAUCUGGAACCUACCCACUACAUCACUGUUGCAACGUGUUCGACUUCCAGAUGGCUCCUUGAAACUCUAUCCCUUUCACUGCCUCUCAGCCCAUGACCAGGCCGUGCGUUGCCUUCAGUGGUGCAAAGCUAAUAGUAAUUUUAUAGUCUCUGCUGGAAGUGACCGGAAAAUCAAAUUCUGGGAUUUAAGACGACCUUAUGAGCCUAUCAACUGUAUCAAACGCUUCUUAAGCACGGAGCUGGCAUGGCUGCUCCCUUACAGUGGAGUUACUGUGGCUCAGGACAACUGUUAUGCCUCCUAUGGGCUUUGUGGGAUUCACUACAUCGAUGCUGGUUUCCUUGGUUUCAAGGCCUAUUUCACUGCCCCUAGAAAAGGCACUGUCUGGAGUCUGUCAGGGUCAGACUGGCUUGGGGCAGUGGCUGCUGGGGACAUGUCAGGGGAGCUCAUCGCUGCUGUGCUACCCGACAUGGCCCUCAACCCGAUGAAUGUCAAGCGUCCAGCUGAACGCAGAUUUCCCAUAUACAAGGCAGAUUUACUGCCUUACUGGGAAGGAUCUGAAGACCAAGAUCACAAUGCUGCCUCACCUUUGGUCCCUGGACCUCCUAAAGCCAGAACUUAUGCUGAAACAGUCGAACAUCACUACCUGCUCUUCAGAGACACAGACCUGCGUGGAUUCCAAGAUUUGCUUCAGAGGGGACCAGUACUUCGAAUGCAAGAAGGAGAGGGACGCUCUCAACUCUGUCUUGACAGGCUACAGCUAGAGGCUGUUCACAAGGUACGUUUCAGCCCAAACUUGGACUCUUAUGGUUGGUUGGUUUCUGGGGGCCAAUCAGGACUGGUGAGAGUACAUUGCGUUCGUGGCCUUACCUCCCCCUUGGGCCACCGGAUUCAGCUUGAGAGCAGAGCCCACUUCAGCUCCAUGUUCCAGCCACCUUCCCCACCUCAGGGGCCCAGUUUUCCUCCAACCAACUUCCACCUGCUGUCUGACCCAUAGUUUAUUGAUCAUGCAGCCCUGGGGAUUCAGGUUUCCUUGGUCCUGAUGCUACUUAGUAGCCAUAUGACAUUUCCAGCUCUGAAUCAAACAAAAUGGAAACUUCCCAAAAUUGAAAGCCUGCCCAAGUCUUACAACUUCAGAAUGAUACAGUAGAAUUUGUUGUCAGAGGACCUAGGGAUGAAUCCUGGUUCAAUCAGUUAUGAUGUAUGUGACCUUGAGCAAGGACCUCAGUUUUCUCAUCCAUAAAAUGAAGAAGUUGGACUAGACCUCGGAGGUUCCUUCCAGCUAUAAAUCUACAAUCCUGUUAAGCUAUAAAGACUACAUCCCCAAGACUCUGGACUGAACCUGUUCUCUUGUAAUCACUGCCCCCUGCUGGCAGGGGGUGUCCAGACAUGAACUCUAUAUAGUCUCCUCAGCAAAUGAGACAGAAGCAAUCCUGUGCCAGACAUAGGGUUGGAGAUCAAGCUGCUCAUAUUGAGCCUGUUGUACUUGUAGGCAGAACUGAGUAAAGGUGCUGAGUGCUUUUGA